AUGAUUCUGGCCACGAUCAUCGCCAACUGCAUCGUUCUGGCGCUGGAGCAGCACCUUCCGGCCAGCGACAAGACGCCCAUGUCCGAGCGCCUGGACGACACGGAGCCCUACUUCAUCGGCAUCUUCUGUUUCGAGGCGGCCAUUAAGAUCAUCGCCCUGGGCUUCGCUUUCCAUAAAGGCUCAUACCUCCGCAACGGCUGGAACGUCAUGGACUUUGUGGUGGUGCUGACCGGGUGA